CUCUAUGUUCUAUAGUGGAACCACGUGGAUCAGAAAAAGUGAGGCGGCCAAAGUUUCUCAUCUGUCCACCGCCAGACGGUACUUUCUCCCUUUUCUUCCCCUCUCUCUUUUUUUGUAUCUUUUGUAUUUGGUUUUUGCUAUUCUGCUUUGCUGUUUGACAUUGCAGUACUUUGCAGUACAUCCGCUCUCUGAUCGUUUGUCGGGUUACACGUUACACGCUUUCCUGCAGCAACACCGCAUUUCACGGCCUCUCGCUGCAUUCCCGCCUUUUCGAUCUCUCCCAUAUUCUCUAGGAUUUCCUUUAGCCAGAUUUCCUUCCAUUAUCGCCCAUCAGUUAUUUCAGAUCAGCCAUGACUGAGGUGUCUUCGACCCGCCUUUAUCUUGGGAACCUUCCCCGCAACGUGACUAAAAGCGACAUCGAGGAACAUUUCAGCAGCCAUGGCUCCGGCAAGAUCACCGAGAUCAAGCUGAUGAACGGUUUCGGCUUCAUCGAAUAUGACGACCAGCUGGAUGCCAGAGAUAUUGUGCCCGCGUUCCGUAUGCCCCCCAUGACUUCUCCACCGAUGACCUCCCCCCCGCUUAUCAAUACCAUAGACGGCAGUGACUUCAAAGGCGAGCGACUCACCGUUCAGUUUGCACGCGGCCCUCGCCGCAAGGAGGCCUUCCCGGGACCACCAGACCGCAAUGCUCUCCCUCGUCCACGUCGCACUAUGUUCCGCAUGCAGAUUUCCGGUCUUCCAGAAACAAGUUGGCAGGACUUGAAAGACUUCGCCCGCCAGUCUGGUCUGGACGUCGUUUACUCAGAGACUGGCCGUGAACAGGGCAGAGGGUUUGUGGAAUUUGAAACCGCCAACGACCUAAAGACCGCCGUGGAGAAACUGGACCAGCGAGAGUUCAAGGGCUCUGUCGUCUCUUGUGUCGCCGAUGUAAGCGUCCAACCUGGCUCGGACCUGGAGGAACCCCCUCUCACCAACUCCCAGAUUCAAAACUUUGAGGAACGCCCCGUUCGUGACCCAUACCGGUCUCGUUCCCCACCGCGUCGUCCCUACCCUGCCACUAUGGAGGAGUACGACCGCCGGAUCCCUCCCCCACGUGGCUACAGUCCCCGGGAACACUACCGUGAGCGGUCGCCAAUCCCAAUCCGCCGCGAUCCCUACUAUGAACGGGAUGCCUAUGCCCGCCGGACUCCCCCUCGCCCUCGGAUGGAAGACUACCCGCCUCCACGUCGUCCGUACGAAGACCCCUAUGAGGCCCGACCUCCCCCACCUCCUCGCCACUAUGAUGAUCCCUACCUGGCUGCCCGCGGUUACGGUCGUCCUCGCUCUCCGCCGAGAGGCGAGUAUGUGCCUUACGACCGUCCUCGCUACUGGUAG